GACAAGGGCAAAGAGGCCGAGUCCGAUGAGCAUGAUGCUUAUCUGGCUUAUCUUUGCAUGCACUCAAAGUAUGUGAGAACGUUCUCUGAAUUUGCAAAGCAGAGCCUGUGUGGCUUAUGUCGUUGCGGAGUGGAGCCGGUCUCGCAGCGCGAGUGAAUAGCACAGUAUGGCGCAGGCAUCCCAUAUGCGAGAAAAGAGCAGGAAGAUGCCAAGGCCCUGUCAGGUUGGGUGCAGAAGGUGCACAACUUGUGCAAAGGCGUUUCAUUCUGGACAUGUCUGCGGCCAGCGAGGUAACCACUGACGCAACCUUCAGGUACAGGAGCUUUUUGUGGAGAACAUCAGCUGGUGAUAGGCAUCCCUACGAGUACAUAGUUGCACAGCAGCCAGCUGGUGGUGCAACCGCUCGAGAUGCCUUGACUGCUCUUGAAGAGCACUUGCCUAGACCUGCAAGUGGCUGGACAGUUGUUCUCAUCCCAUCCGUUUCCUUGGUUUGUAGCGGCAAAGAAGAGAUGAGACCGCUGGCCUUGCUGUUGUCACAGAGAGGGCACAGAUGCUACAUUUUGGAGUGGCCGGGUUGGACGCAAGAUGUCCAAACAAACUGGGCGCUUGAGCACUGCAAAGCGGAACACAUGGCGGAUGAAUAUCAGGACUUUUGGUGCCAGGCCCUAGAGCACGUUGCGGAACAAGAGUUGCAGAGCCAAGCUGAUUCUGAUCCAGAGUCAAGUGAAGGCAACAAGACACCGCAGCUGUGUGUUGUGGCAGCAAGCAGUGCAGCACUGUAUGCCCUUCGAGCUCUGGAGGCAAUAUCUACUUGGGAACCGCAAGGUGACACCAUCAAGGCUUUGGGACUCUACAAGUCCUUGGCAAUGUUGGCACCUAGUUGGAAGUCAGCGCCGCCAACAUCGUGGAGUUGGUCUAGACUGAAACCGGACCAAGCGGCGUAUUGGAUGGGUGCCUUCCUUCACUCUGAUACCAGACUGGGUCGCAUUUAUCGGCGUUCACACUUUUCGAGCCGAAACCUCCGGCGAAGCUUUUUGCAUGCUGGAGCCCCCGAUGAGGAGCGCCUCUUUCAAUUGGCAUCGUGGUUCUUCCAGAGGCCUCGGCCAUAUGCUCAAACCGAUGCGAUGGUCUCCAAUGGCUUCCUCGAUCCUAAAGUUGAGAACGUGAAGGUCUUGGCGGCAGAGAUAAAAGCUCAAUUGUCCAGGCUGAGAGUCCUCAUCAUGGUCCCAGAGUCUGAGCCUGGUGCUCCUCGUGGUGAAGCAAUGACUUUGUGGGAAACCUUGAAGGAGGAUAGUGCUGAUGACCAGGGGGUGCUGGAUCACUGCUUGCUGCCUUCAACUUCGCCUUUGCCACACGAGCUUGCCACGUCUGCGGUGCAGUUCGCUGUGGACCAGUGGUUGCAGAAUGCUCGAGGGACAAAUCCGUAAAAGACUGCUCCGGCGUUGUCAAAAUUGGUUUGAGAGAUGUUU